CCACUGACCGGUAGGGCCUGGCUGGGGUCCUCGCCCGCCAUGUACUGCACACGCACGGCGAGAUUGCGCACGGAGCCCUGGCGGCUGCUGAAGUUAAGGCUGUUGGCACUGUGGCACUGCCCCAGACCCUCAGCCAUGCCCAUGCUCGCUCUGUGCCUGCUGUGGACGCUAGCAACGGCUGCCUGGCCUAUCCUAGCAGCCCCCGUGGGCAGCCCCGAGCCAGCACAGCAUGAAGAACUGACCUUGCUCUUCCAUGGAGCCCUGCAGCUGGGCCAGGCCCUCAACGGUGUGUACAAGACCACAGAGACACAGCUGACAGAGGCCAGGCACAGCCUGAGCCUCUAUGACCACGCACUGGGACUCCUGAAGCAGGAAGUCAGCCAGGGACGGGCCGAGGCCCAGGGACUGCACACAAGCCUCUUGGAGAUACAGACGGAGGAGAACGCUCUGCAGCUGCAGGCUGAAGCCAUGGCACAGGUGCUGGGAGAGGUAGCCCAGAGACAGCAGGUGCUACGGGACAGAGUACGGCAGCUACAGGCCCAGCUGCAGGGCGCCCGGCUGGGCCGGGCCCACCAUGAAUUUGAGGCCUUAAAGGCCCGUGCUGACGAGCAGAGUCAUGUUGUGUGGACCCUCGCGGGGCACGUGCAGCGACAGAGGCAGGAGAUGGUGACACACCAGCAAAGGCUGAGACAGAUCCAGGAGCGACUCCACACAGCAGCGCUCCCAGCCUGA